AUGGCCGCUGCAGACGAACCAAUAAAUGUCGUCUCCAAGGCCUCAACCCGGACGAGGGACGAGGGCCAAAUCUCAGACGAGCCACCUCAGAAUGCCCUCAUGGCCACACUCUCCCGCACAAAAAGCAGGACCAACACUAUCCUUGAAAAAGUCUCGCUACGCGAACGCAUCCAUCACUUUACUUUUGCAUGGUACACCCUAACCAUGUCAACAGGCGGUAUCGCCCUCCUUCUCGCCGAAACUCCUCACCGCUUCCGUGGCCUGGAAACAAUAGGCCUCAUUGUCUUCCUUCUCGACAUCGUCCUCAUCUUUCUCAUCACGCUCGCCCUCUGCCUCCGCUUCUCCUUCUUUCGAAAGACGCCAGCAAAGGCCAUCACGCACCCCUCAGAGUCCCUCUUCAUUCCGACCUUCUUCCUUUCCAUCGCCGCCGCCCUCUCAAACAUCCAGCACUACGCCGUCCCAAAAUGCGGCCCAUGGCUCAUCGUCACGUUGAGGGUGUGCUUCUGGAUCUACCUCGUCGUCACCUUCUUCGCCUCCGUCGGCAUGUACCACCUCCUCUUCACCGGUCGCAGAAGACUAUCCCUAGAUAGCAUGACCCCGGCGUGGAUCCUGCCCAUCUUUCCCGUCAUGUUGUCAGGUACUCUGGCUGGGUUCAUGGCCUCCUCGCAACCGCCAAAUCAGGCUGCCGCCAUGCUGGGGGCGGGUCUCGCAGCUCAGGGGUUAGGCUUCCUCGUCUCGGCUUUCAUGUACGCGACGUAUCUCUCCAGGCUCAUGACUAUUGGUCUUCCCGUCCAACGCCCCGGUAUGUUCAUCGCAGUCGGACCACCGAGUUUCACCGCCGCAGCAUUGGUGGCGAUGGGCGCAGACGUACCCCGUCUCAUCGCCUCCGAGGGAUCCUUCAUCUCCGGCUCCCUCCGCGACGCGGCAUAUCUGUACGGCAUGGAAAAUCCGGGCACUGUUGCAUUCGCCGUACGUGCCGUGGCUCUCUUUUCUGCCGUGUUCCUAUGGGGCCUCUCGUUCUGGUUCUUCUCUUCCGCCUGUCUCUCUACACUGUUUGGCAUGCCCGAUCACUCAUUCCAUCUGAGCUGGUGGAGUUUUGUCUUCCCCAACGUUGGCUUCACCAUUGCCACGAUCCGCAUAGGCGAAGCGUUUGGUAGCGAGGGUUUGUUAUGGUUGGCCACAGUGUUCACCAUCGUGUUGGUCGCUGUUUGGCUCUUCGUUGGCAUUUGCUGUGCUCGUGCUGUCAUCAGGAGAAAGCUCGUCUGGCCAGGCCGAGACGAGGACAGCGAUUAG